GCUUUAUAAAGAUACCCCAACCAUCCCCCUCCGGUUUGUUAUGCUCUAUGCUCUCCCACGGCACUGUGGUUCCCGGCUCGUGGCUCAAUAUGUUUGGAACCACAGCCCUUCUGCUGUUCCUUCUAGCAACAACAUGUGCAACAGCAGCGCCCAACUGCCCACCUCUCGGCCCGGUCUUCGAAAAGCCGCGAAACUUCAAGUCCAGCGCCGCCAUCCGCGCCGCCCUCGCGAACCUGACCGAGACUUUCCAAGCCCGUGACGAAGACAAUUCAGCCGCCGUCCGCGCCAACAUUACGAGCUACAGCCUCGAGGUGUUCAGCAUCAGCGAUACCGAUCCCGUCAUCUUUGACUGGCAUCACACCGCGCCGGCGCACGCUUCCAGCAAUAUCACUAAUGGCGGGGUGAAGAAGACGGACGCGGACACGGUCUAUCGCCUGGGUAGCUUGACCAAGAUCUUUACCGUUUAUACAUGGCUGGUGCAGGACGGGGAUGUCAAGUGGAACGAGCCGAUUACCAAGUACGUGCCGGAGCUGGCGAAGGCGGCGGAUAAGGCAAAGGAUGAUCCGGUGGGGAAUGUGGCGUGGGGGGAGGUGACGGUGGGGAGUUUGGCUGAACAGCUUUCGGGGGCUGUGAGGGAUUAUGGCCUUAUGGGCGAACUUACGCAGACGGUAGAUCAGAAUACCGCGGUCCAGCUUGGGUUUCCGGCUCUGAAUAGUUCGGAUCCCACUCUGCCCAAGUGCGGCGUUUGGCCCCAUUGCAACAGGACUGAAUUCUUCUCCGGCCUUCUCCAAGUAUACCCUUCCUACGCCCCUUUUACCACCCCAGCCUACACCAACACGGGCUUCCAGAUCCUCGCCUACGCGCUUGAGUCCAUCAAGGGCAAGCCCUUCCAGACGCUCAUGGAAGAAUCCAUCCUCCGCCCGCUCAACCUCUCCAGGACCUUCUAUCAGAAGGCAGUUUCGAACCUCGGCAUUAUUCCCGGCCCCGGCACCCCCUCCGACGCCCAAUGGGACUACCAACUGGGCGACGAGAACCCGACCGGCAACAUGUACUCCUCCGUCCGAGAUAUCUCCGCCCUCGGACGCUCCAUCAUGCGAUCCACGCUUCUAGCUCCCGUGCUCACGAACCGCUGGCUCAAACCCGCCGCUUUGACCUCCGAGCCCAACGCCGGCGUCGGCUAUCCCUGGGGCAUCCGGCGCAUCGUCUUGUCAAGUGUAACCAACGGCAAGCGUGUCGUGGACGCGUACAACAAGGCCGGUCGCAUCGGGUACUACAACUCGCUUUUGAACCUGCUCCCCGACUACGGCGUCGGCUUUUCCGUUUUGCUGGCUAGCCCGAACCUGCCCGCCAACGCAAACUUCAACCUCGCCGAUGUUUUGGGGGAGCAGCUGUUGCCGGCGCUGGAGGAGGCGGCGAGGGAGCAGGCGCAGGAUACCUAUGGCGGGAGCUACUCAAACUCAAACUCAAACUCAAACUCAAACGGCGUCGGGAAUUCGUCACUGAAAAUCACCACGCAACCUGACCGCCCGGGACUGGGCAUCGAAAACUGGGUGUCUAACGGGACGGACAUGCAAUACAUGGCGACCGUGCUGGCGGCGGGGUACGCGCCUGUUAUUCCGUCAAUCCGUUUGUACCCGACGGGCUUGGAAACGGUGAUUCCGGGCGAGAUGGAUCGCAAGAAUGGACGCGCAGCAACACAGGGGAAGAGGGUGGCGUAUAAGGCCGUCUUUGAGGAUUUGAAUGUGCCAAGCAGGACGCCGCCGAGUAUGUUCUCAACGGACUGUGGGAGCUGGGUCAGCUUGACCGGGGUAACGUUUGGGAGUAUGCCGCUCGAUCAGUUCUUUUUUGUGGUGGAUGGGAGUGGGAAGGUGGUGAGUAUUGAGAAUGCGGCGUUGAGAAUGGUGAUGAGGAAGGGGUGAAGUGAGGAAAGUGGUGGUGAAGGAGGGGGGAAUAUGUAAAAGGGGUCCGUGGAUUCAAAGUGCGGGGCUGGUGGCUCAGCUGGUUUGGAAGACGAUUGAACAGAGUUUAAAAACUGAUUUGGAUGAUGAACGCCAGGAGAUGGACGGGGAUGCUUUGCUCCAGGGAACUUAUUGGAGAUAGAAUGCGCAAGAGGUACAAGGAUGGAAACGACAAGAGAGACCAAUGCACUUGUUCUGCACUGUUCGACAAUGGUCCUAAAAGUAACAACCACAUCAUGGUAAAUGCAUAUAUUUCGUACCGACGACAAAUGGAGUUGAGAAAUC